GGUGAUCGCGUCUCGGAGAUCGUCUGGAACAAGCAUCAACAUGGCCAAGCGACCGGCGGAGGAAGCGCUCGAAGGUGCUGUCACGGACUCGCCGGCGUCGAAGAAAGCGCGCGUACAGGACGCUCCUGACGAGGAUCUUCCUCCUCCACCUCCGCCAGAAGUACCAGCUUCGAGUAACGGACAUGCGAAUGGCGCGGUGCGAAAUGGACAAGAUGAGGACGAUGACGACCUUGAAGAUGAAGACGAAGAUGAACGCGCAACAUCGACGCGGCAGACAGCGCCAAUCGAAGGCUACUCCGACCUCUACCUCGAUACGAUAGCACGAUCACGACUGGACUUCGAUUUCGAGAAAUUAUGCUCAGUAACGCUCUCCAAUAUCAACGUAUACGCCUGUCUGGUGUGUGGAAAAUACUUCUCUGGGAGAGGCGCAAAGACUCCGGCAUACUUCCAUGCCCUAGAAGAGGGGCAUCAUGUGUACAUCAACAUGGAGACGAAAAAGGUGUAUGUGCUGCCCGAUGGAUACGAAGUCAAGAACAAGAGCUUGGAUGAUAUCAAAUACGUGGUCGAUCCUCGAUUUACCCCGGCAGAGGUCAAAGCAAUGGACAAAGAACCACAGCCCAAGUGGGAUCUGCUGGGUCGCAAAUAUAUUCCAGGCUUCGUGGGUCUGAACAACAUUAAGGCCAAUGACUACUUGAACGUGGUUGUCCAAGCCCUGUCACAUGUCACGCCGCUCCGAAACUUCCUCAUGCUGGAAGAUCUAUCAUCGAAACCGGAGCUCGUGAAGCGAUUCAGCGUGCUGGUUCGCAAGAUCUGGAAUCCCAAAGCGUUCAAGAAGCACGUCUCUCCGCACGAGUUGAUACAGAACAUUUCGCUCCAAUCUGGCAAGAAGUUCUCACUCACCGAGCAGGCCGAUCCGGUGGAGUUUCUCAGCUGGUUUUUGAACAACCUCCAUCUCGCCCUAGGGGGCAGCAAAACCAAACCGAAGUCGUCAAUCAUUCAGAAAAUCUUUCAAGGCGCUCUCCGUGUAGAGUCUCAAGAGAUUACGGCGCGAGCCGAUGCUGGUGAUCGGUUACGAUUCGAGGACACGGCUAUCAAAUCGCAGCAAUCGCGAUUUAUGAUUCUGACGCUUGACCUGCCCGCUGCGCCUUUGUUCCAGGAUGAUGUUGAGAAGAAUAUCAUCCCACAGGUACCGCUGACCACGGUGCUACAGAAGUAUAACGGCAUUGUGGCACAAGAAAGGAUGAACACACGAAUGCGGUACCGGCUAUUGCACCCUUUACCGCCAUACCUGAUCAUGCACGUAAAGCGCUUCCAGCCCAACAAGUUCUUGCAAUCGCAACGCAAUCCGACAAUCGUAACGUUUAAUCCUCGAGCGCUGGAUAUGAGCCCCUACGUGGAGCCAGAUCCUAAGCAACACCCAAUGGGCGAGCCGAUUGUAUACGAUUUGGUCGCGAACAUCACAUACGAAGGUGUCAAAGUGCGCGAUGAUUCAGUGGAAGGCGAAGCCGAACGGAAGGUGUGGAAAGCUCAGGUGAAAGAAGGCGGCGAUAGCAACCAAUGGUGGGAGAUGCAAGACGACUUUCCCGUCGAGAAGGUCAAUGCAGAUCUGCUGGCUACGAAAGAGAGCUAUGUCAUGGUAUGGGAGCGACGAAGAGGGAAAGGAAAAGGCAAAGCGUGGAUUCCAUGAGCUCGAAGCCCUGCGAUUGACUGUGCAGACUUUAUGUACACACGACGAACGCUGCCGAGCUUUGCGUCGCAGAUCAUCGCUCAAAUCGUCCUCGCGCUCC